AUGGCUGAAAAGAUCACCGAAGAGCAAGUCGCAAAGCUACAAGAUCUCUUACGAAGCGAUGCAUCUACCGAUUUGAAGGUUCAGCACAUCAACAACAUUAAAUCCGGGAUUAAGCAGAACAAUGUCCCAGAAGCAUGCAUCAUACCCCUCUUCGAAGCUGUUCGGGCGUCCAUGACAUCGCAACAUGCUGUGGUUAUCCAGCCCGGGUUUUCGACACUUAACAAUCUCCUUGCGAGGCUGGCUCGACAAGAUUCCUCCAAGUAUGUGGUCAAGGAGGCCGGCCGCACACUGCCACUCGUUAUAGAAAAGUUGGGGGACCCAAAGGAAAAGUAUCGAGCUCUUGCGGCAACAUGCCUCACGACAUUCUGGAAAUCUGCCCCAGUGGAUGUCGAGAAAACGAUCAAGAAUACGGGCCUUGUGGGCAAGAACUCUAGGAUGAAGGAAGCGUCAAUGCACUGGCUGGUUCAGAUGCACCAAGAACAUGCGAUGCCGUUCAAAAGCUUUGUCACAACGCUGAUGGAUUUGUUGGAAGAUGCAGAUGGUAUGGUAAGGGAUACGGCGAGGAACUCGGUCAUCUCACUCUUUCAGAACGCGCCAAAUGGUGCGAAAUCUGACUUGAAAAAGCAACUAAAGAAUUUCAACGUCCGACCAGCGAUUGUGGCCGCGAUUACCGCUCACUUAGGACCGAAUGGACCACCCGAUGUAGUAGAACCCGAGCAAGACAUUCCUGCCCGUCCACACUUGGCAAAUAGUGUUUCCUCGACCUCUAGUAUGAGACCGUCGACGCCUGUGACUGAAGCUAAGGUGGAACGUGUCGACCCGGCAUAUGUCAAUACGUUAAGAGAGCUGGACGAGACGCUAAAGGAGAUGCACCCUUUCUUUGAAGGCAAGGAAUCCGAAGCGAACUGGCUGAAGCGGGAGCAAAGCUGCACAAAACUUCGCCGACUAAACGCUGGUAACGCUCCAAGCGACUAUCACGAUGCGUUUCUCGUUGGAAUCAAAAGUCUGCUAGACGGAAUACUGAAGGCUGUCAAUUCCCUCCGAACAAGUUUAUCGAAAGAAGGUUGUAGUGUGGUACAAGAGAUUGCCAGAACAGCAGGGCCCGGGCUAGAUCCUAUGGUCGAAAUACUCCUACAAAACCUCAUUAAACUUUGUGGUGGUACGAAGAAGAUCAGUUCACAAAAUGGCAAUCUGACUGUCGAUAUUAUCAUCAGCAAAGUCAGCUUUAACCUCCGAAUUGUGCAACAUAUCUGGCUGGCUUGUCAAGACAAAAAUGUUCAGCCGCGUACGUAUGCUACUGGCUGGCUCAAAACUCUAUUGAAGAAAGAAUCCCAUCACAAAAGCCACUUAGAGCAUAGCGGCGGAUUAGACUUGAUCGAAAAGUGCAUCAAGAAAGGCCUCGCGGAUCCGAAUCCUGGUGUAAGGGAAAACAUGAGGUCAACAUUUUGGGCAUUUGCGCAAAUCUGGCCCUCAAAAGCUGAAGCAAUCAUGGCCAGCUUGGAUGCCACACAACAACGACUACUCGAAAACUCACCCGAUAAUCCCAAUUCUCCUAAGAAGCCGGAGACCACAACUGUUCGACCAGGGUUGGGCUUUUCAAAAAGCACCACUGGGCCACCAAAGCCUUCUCUUAGAGAAACAAUGUUGGCUCAGAAGAAGGCCGCCAUGGCAAAUAAAAAUUUACCACCACGACCUGGCUCUGCGAUGUCGUCCUUUUCUCCUGUACGCAACGUAUCAACAUCUUCGUCGUCUUCAUCGAUGUCGGAAGCUCCCGUCAGAUCGAGGCCCGAAUCGAGCACUGUCGCUCAUGGGGGGCUAUCCGUCGCCCCUGUCCGCCCUACAAGGUUCCGUCCUGCUCCCCGGCCUGAGCUUGUAGCGAGACCUGCAACAGCUGGACCGUACUCGGUACGCAGACCAGGUCAUGCACCCAGCAGUUCUGAUAGUAACGCAAGUCCAACCAACCUUCGAGCUGCCAAAAUAAGAGCCCCAAGUGCGAGCAGUACCAGUUCUCCAAAACGCGUUCCAGCUCGGCCGACUACGAGCCACUCAAACCACACUUCCCACUCACACUCAAGCCAUACGAGCCCGGCAAAGAGUAUAGGUGGAAGAGCACCCAGCAGAGCCGCACAAUCGCCCCGAGUGAGUCCACCGAAACCCAAACCGAGACUAGUAUCCAGCAAGACCGUCGGAUCGAGUCCUGCGCGCGAGGAUGAGAACUUUAGUAUGGUUGUUCCCAUGGUGACAGCCCCCGGAGAGCCUGCAGCAUCCAAGAGUUCUCAACCAGUAGACUCUUCAGACGAAGAAGAGAAGGCAACCCCCCUGAAGCCUCUGCAAGUCUAUGAAGACCCCUUUUCUAGCACGGACGACCACACAACCCCACGACCGCUUCUCACUGCGCCCGUGUUGGAAGAGGUGCCAGUCAAUGAUGAUGCCUCGAACAUCAUGAGAAACGGCGCCAAUGACGAAUCAACGAAACCAACAUUAAUGAGUCCGGAGCGAUUGAAGCAAAGUUUGCGUCUCGUUGAUAGUGGAAUCGCGAAGAUCAAGGCCAAAUCACUUGAUGUGCAUGGCUUCAGGAAACUUCAGGUAGUCAUAAGGGACAACAAAGCCGCUUGGACGGAUGAUAAAUUCGAUGUCUUACUCCUGGGACUAUUCGAGUAUUUGGAAUCUUCAUUAACAAACCUUACCACGGAGAAGAAGGCAUUGGAUGUCAAGGCGCAGAUCCUAGCUACCAUUAAGCUUCUGUUCAAGAAGGAGCGCGCGGCUUUUCGGCCACAUCUAGAGAGAGGCCUGGAAUCGAUUCUUUCAACACGAAGUUCCUACGACUCCCGAACCCAUAUUGUCAGCGGCCUCGAGCUACUUGCAGAUGAAUUAGUAACGCUUGCGGAGCCGAGGAAGACGUUGGGGGCAAUAACCGCACGCUUGCAGAAUGAGGAAAUGACCAUAGAGGGCUGUAGAACAUUGAGCAUGGGUCUUCAUGUUCUCAAGGAGUUGCUCGAAGUCAAAAAGGAAUUUAUCCCAACCGAUGAAGAUGUUGUAACGAUGUGCAGGCUCGCGUCAAGAUGUAUAGAUAGUUCGGAAAGCGGUGUACGUCUAGAUGCUGUUAAUCUUUGCGUUGCAAUUCAUGCCGGCGUCGGAGAGGCACGGUUCUGGGGUCCAAUGGGUGGCAUCAAGGAUGACUCAAAAAGUCUGAUUACUUACUACAUUGUCAAGAGGCAAAGGGAGCUUGCCACGCCGCGCUGA